CCACACUGAAGAUCGGAAAUAGCUCUUGUUUGACACGUAUACGCACCUCUCCGACGAGCUAGGAGUGAAAGUGAGCGGCUCUACAACCUCAUGACCCAUCAUCGAUGUUGUUUCAUACUGCUUCACGUCCGGCAAAAACUGCAUCGCCUACGCAUGCCUUGCGGUUACAUUCUCGGUGUUCUAGCAGCAUGCUUAUUGCUGCUGGUGUACGUGAUUCAUUCUUCCACUGAGCGGAAAUUCACGAUAGGGCACCAGCAGGCAGGCGUCGCAGCUUAUAUACCAGAGCGCGGCCGACUGGAGACGUUUACCGUGCAGAAUAUAAAGAUUAGCUACUACCUGCCAAAGCUGGGGUGUCCAGAUCGGCCGUGGAUCCUGGCUCUGGUCAUUUCCUCAGCGGAAGAUUUUCAGUGCAGAGCAGCAGUACGUUCUACGUGGGCGAGCGAAGCCUCUGCCCUGGGUCUUAAUUUGACCGAACGACUUCGCGUCCUGCACCUAAUAGCUGUGUCUCGCAAUGAAACAGCGAAUAAUAACAUCAUGCGCGAGAGCCGCACCCACUUCGAUCUGGCGCAGGGAAACUUUGUGGACUCGUAUAGAAAUCUCACGAUCAAGUCUAUCAUGGGACUACAUAUCGCUACAUCCGCGUGUCCUAGGCAACCAGGACUCGUCAUCAAGAUAGACUGCGACACGUAUCUCAACGUCGAUAAUCUCCUGGCUUUCGAAAGCGGUGACAACCACGCGAACGCCAUCUACGGCUUUCUCCUCGACAACGACAGACCGAUCCGGCGAAGGAAGAAUAAAAGCUUCAUCUCGAGGGAAGAGUACGACGGUGGUACCUACCCGCCGUUCAUCGGCGGAUUUUUUUACGUCAUGACAACCGGCGUCGCGGGACAGCUCUACGGGGAAGCGGCGAGAUGUAAUUAUCUGCUGCCUCUCGAGGAUGUAUCCGUAACGGGCCUGCUGGCUGAGCGCGUAGGCGUGAGACGCUAUCAUCUUGCCGGAGUGCUGCGCAGGACGCCUCGCGUAUGGGAGGAGACGUUCUCGGCUCUCGCCGUGCACUCUCUAACUCCCCCGCAGAUGACGAACAUCUCUAAGACGCGUUGGAGAUAUCAGCACAGCUAAGGUGGCAGCAUAAUGCUGUGUGAU